UGUACUUAUUCUGUGACAACAAUGGGUCUGGCAAUAGCUAUAACGUUAGGCAGCUGUCGUUAUGCACUUUGACCGUCACUUGUCUGUAGUCUGUAGGUGUUGAUAUGUCCCCUCCUCAGCAAGAACAGAAUUGAAUGCAAGAUCAUGACUGAAGAGGAUUUUGAUGUGUUGGUAGUCGGCUCCUGUAUGACUGACUUGGUGAGCCAGGCACCAAGGCUACCCAAAGCCGGGGAAACCAUCCAUGGUCACAAGUUCUUCAUUGGCUUCGGAGGGAAAGGGGCCAACCAGUGCAUACAGGCUGCAAGACUAGGGGCCAAAACCGCUAUGGUCUGCAAGGUUGGUAAAGACUUCUUUGGAGACAAUUACAUCCAGAAUUUCAAGGACAAUGGUGUACACACAGACUUUGUAGGGCAGACCUCUGACGCAGCCACAGGAGCUGCUUCCAUCAUUGUCAACGAUGCAGGUGAGAAUGCCAUUGUGAUCGUAGCUGGUGCCAACAUGCUGCUGGGCAGUGAGGAGCUGCAGGAAGCUCUUCCAGCCAUCAGUCAUGCAAAAGUGCUGUUGUGCCAGUUAGAGAUCAGCCCACAGACGUCCUUGCAGGCACUACGUAUGGCUCAGAAGAACAAAGUAAAGACAAUAUUCAACCCAGCGCCGGCCAGCCCUGACUUGGAUAGAGAUUUCUACAGAGCCUCUGAUGUGUUUUGCUGUAAUGAGUCUGAGGCUGAGCUGCUGACUGGGUCCUCAGUAGCUAAUGUGGAGCAAGCACGUCGGGCCGGUCAGGAGCUGCUGAAGCGAGGCUGCGGGUCAGUCAUCAUCACUUUGGGACCCCAAGGCUGUGUGGUGCUCAAGGCACAGGGGUCUACCUCAAAACAUGUUCCAACUACUGCAGUCACAGCAGUGGACACUACGGGUGCUGGAGACAGCUUUAUCGGAGCACUGGCAUUUUACAUGGCUCAAUAUCCCAUAAUACCUCUGGAGGAGAUGGUCCGCAGAGCCAAUGAGGUGGCAGCAGUGAGUGUGCAGGCUGUCGGCACGCAGACGUCUUACCCCUUCAGAAAGGACCUAGCAGCUGAACUGUUCUGAGAGCAGCAAAUCAGCAAGCACACACCGGUGUAAAUGGACCAAGCCUGGAAUGGUUUUUAUUGACGAACACAACUGUCUUGUGAAAUGAGCUGCUACCCAAUGUUAUUUUAAUAUAAAGCUGAACAUGAAUUCAAUUUACCUGUCAAUGUACGUUAAAUGGAUCGUGAUGUGAUGACAAACCUACUUACAAUAGACAAGUAUUCCUUUUUGUAAAACUCGUUUAAUCUCAAUUGUUUUAAACUGUUUAAUUAUUGACAAGCACCUUAACACUUUGCUUGUACGGCACAUCAUUGACUUAAUUUAUUUAAUUACCCCAAAUAGAUCAUAUUUCACAAAUGGUUUAAUUACAGGUACCCGGUUUAAAUAUAAACUUGUACAACACUUGACUGACUCGUAAUCAAUGAUACUGUAUAGAACUGCUUAAUAGCACCAUAACAUGUUAUUCCAUGACUUAACAGCUUUAGAUCGAGACAGCUGUGGUGGCCCCAAUAAAUAACACUUUUAUCACUUUUA